GAGCUCCUCAUUCUCAUGCAUUCAGGGGAUAUAUGGCUCCAGAGUACACAAGGAGAGGGCAUUUUUCAGCUAAGUCUGAUGUUUAUAGCUUCGGGGUGCUAGUUUUGGAGAUCAUCAGUGGGCAAAAAAUCCAUUCAUGCAUUGGGGAAGAUGGGGACGAUCUUCUAACUCAUGCAUGGAAACAUUGGAUGGAGGGGACUGCUCUGGAAUUGAUAGAUCCCAUUUUAAGAGAUGGAUCGACUGGUGAAAUGACGAGAUGUAUCCAGAUAGGCCUAUUAUGUGUUCAGGAAAAUGUUGCUAAAAGACCAACCAUGGCAUCUGUUGUUCUCAUGCUUAGUAGCAGUUCUGGACCUCUUCCAGUUCCCUCAAAAUCGGCAUAUCUUAUGCACUCUAUCAUGGAGUCAGAUACAUCUUCAGAAGCACCUGCUCAAUUCACAGUGAACAAGGUUUCAAUUUCCGAGCUAGAUCCUAGAUAGGAGCUGUAUGUAUCUUUUCAGUUUUUAACUGUGUGCUCCCUAUUCUUAACUUCAGUACUUUACUACACCAGGUCUGCACUGUUUCAGCAAGUGAAUUCAUCUGAUAUUAGGUCAAUACCUUAGAUUGUUUUAUAGAGUAUAUUCUCUCAAGACUUGAGAGUAUAUAAUUCUGCUUAUGGUAUGGUAAUUUUUCUU